UUUGCACAAUAAGUGCCUUAAAAAAAUUGUUGUAAAACUGAAGAAAGUUUUGAAAUCAAAUUAAAAUACUUAUGGAAAAGUUGUAAACAACAAAACUUGAGCAACUUUAAAGUUUGGCCCUAAAGAGCAAUAGCAGUCAAGUGUAGUCAAGAGGUGCAGUAAUACAAACGAAAAAAGAGAAAAAAACCAGCAGCAGCAACAGCAGCAGCAGCAACAGCAGCAGCAACAGCAACACCAACAUGGGAAAAAAGAGCUCGAAAUUGAAACAGGAUACCAUCGAUCGUUUAACAACCGACACAUAUUUCACAGAAAAAGAAAUACGUCAAUGGCACAAAGGAUUUCUAAAAGACUGUCCGAAUGGCUUACUCACAGAGCAAGGUUUUAUCAAAAUCUACAAACAAUUCUUUCCACAAGGCGAUCCCAGCAAAUUUGCAUCGCUUGUGUUUCGUGUCUUCGACGAGAACAAUGAUGGGUCAAUCGAGUUCGAGGAGUUCAUACGCGCCUUAUCCGUCACAUCGAAAGGCAACCUAGACGAGAAAUUGCAAUGGGCUUUCCGUCUCUACGAUGUCGACAAUGAUGGCUACAUAACGCGCGAGGAGAUGUACAACAUUGUGGAUGCAAUCUAUCAGAUGGUGGGCCAGCAGCCCCAGUCGGAGGAUGAGAACACGCCGCAGAAGCGUGUGGACAAAAUUUUCGAUCAAAUGGAUAAGAAUCACGACGGCAAAUUAACAUUAGAAGAAUUUCGUGAGGGUAGUAAAGCUGAUCCACGUAUAGUUCAGGCGUUAAGUUUAGGUGGUGGUUAAACAAUUCAAUAGAAACGCGCAACAACUACUGUAACAACAACAACAACAACAAGAACAACAACAGCAACAGCAACAACAACAUUAACAACAAGAACAAAUGUUUAAUAAAAAAGCAGAGCAGAUCAAAAUCGCAGCUAAAUGUUUCUUAACCGAAAAGAACAAAACAAAACAAAACAAAACGAACAACAACAACAACAACAACAACAGCAAAAAAGCAGCGCUUUUGUUUUUUUUGGCUACCAUAUUACACUCUCCUACACAGCGAAACCUAUAUAACAAUGAAACAAGUUAAACGAUUAAAAUAAAUGCUACAAAUAUAAAACAACCGUUAAAGCAAUCAGAAUCGCCCAACAAAAGUUUCAAUCAGCAAGAAAAAACAAAAAGAAAAAUUACAAGAAAAAAAAUUCAGUUUUCUCGAUUUUGCGCGUCGAUUAACAUUCAAAAUGAUAAUAAUUUUUUGAUAUAUAAGGAUAUGGAAAACAAUUGAA